AUACUCACUUUCUUCCGAUAGAGUCGACACAACGGAGUAGAAUGAUGUCACCAUCUCUGCCACCGUUGGGUGAAACAGCGUGGGAUAGAGAUCGCGAUCGAGAUCGAAGCCGGGAGAGAAACCGGGAGUGCGAGCGGAACAGGGUGCGAGAGAGGAGUAGCGAGAACGAGAGGGAACGUCAACAGGAACGAGAGCCAGCGGCGAGGGACGCGCGAGAUCGAGAAAGGGAACGCGAUCGCGAUAACAGACAGGAAAGACAGAGAGACAGAGAAAGAGACCGGGAGAGAGACGUGUCGGUCUGCGUGAUGGAGCCACCCGAUCCCGUCUUCGUUUCCUCUUCCGCGGCUCUUCUCGCGUUGCAGAGGAUAAAAGAGGCUUCUCUCGUGUUUCACAAACGUCCGGCGCUAUCGCCAGGCAUCGGUCUCGGUGGUAGAGGAAACGCCGGCGUUGGCGGAAACGGCGGCAGUUUAGGUGUUGACGGUGAAUGCGGUGACGCGCUAAAGAGACGCAAGGUUCAUAGAUGCGACGUCGCCGGCUGCGAUAAAGUUUACACGAAGAGCUCGCAUCUGAAGGCGCACAAGAGAACUCACACCGGCGAGAAGCCGUAUCAGUGUACGUGGGAGGGUUGCACGUGGAAAUUCGCACGAUCGGACGAGCUGACGCGACACUAUCGCAAGCACACAGGCCAAAAGCCGUUCAAGUGCCAUCUCUGUCAGCGAUCGUUUUCGCGAAGCGACCAUUUGUCGCUCCACAUGAAGAGGCACUGAUAAAGAGAGUCUUCUAGGGUUGCGCGAUGCGCAAAAAAGUCGCACGCCGAUCAGCGAGGAAUAUAUAGGAGAAUAAGAGAACGAUCCUCGAUAAUCGGCUAGUGAUCCCGAGUGAUCCUACGUACGGGAUAAUGAUGAUGAUAUUUUUUACAUUUGGGACCUGAAGAGCUGAGCCGCGAGCCGGCCCGUCCUGAAUUUUUGGGCUGGCAGUCGGGCGGGCAGUAAUUAGGAAAAGAGAAAAUAAAAUCGACGAAGCAAACAAAAUCGUUAGGUUUAGCGUGCAAUCACGAGUAAUUGAGGGCUGAACAUCUGAGCUGAAUUAUAUUCUCUCAUUUCUGUUUCUCACGAGUCUUUCAAACAUGGUUAUAUAUUUACAGAAAAUAACCGCCGCGAUAAUUGAUUGAAAUUGCGUUUUUUUAGCAAUUGUCGCUCUAUUGAAUUUGAUGGAAACUAGAUCUUGCACGUUCACCGUAUGAUAUUCUAUAUAUUCGAUGAAGAUGUAUUAUCGAUCAUACAUCCGUAUCUUUUCUGUUUCUAGCCAAUUUUUACUUGUUCGAUAUUUUCCAGUUUGUUUUAUAUAUAAAUAUAAAUACAUAUAUAUAUAUAUGUUUAAAUAAGGCCAGCUCAACUAGUCUAGAGCACCAUAUAUCGUAUAUACAUAGCGAAGAAUAUAGAGAGCCAGUAUAAAAGUUAAUUAAUAUUAACUAUGGUAAGUAAAUAAUUAAUAGUAAUAAAUAUGUAAACUGAAGAAUAUAUCGAACUCCGGUGACGGAGCUUGGGACUUAGCAUGCUCAGUUAAAAUAAAAUACAAUCGUGAUCGUAGAAACUUCGUAAAGCAUUAAUAGAGCAAUCUUUCGAUUAUGCACAAAGAAUUUCGCGUUUAGAAACGGACAAUCAUAAACGUUUCAUUAUAUAGUAAUGGGAAUAUAUAGACAAAGUUUCUGAGGGACAUCCCCCCUCCCCCGAGAGCCAGUAUUAAAACAAAUAUGUGAGAGAAGUAAUGUCAUAUCAUUACAUGUGUAAAACGCUUUUUCUAAAUCUCCCAUUUUAGUCGGCAAAAGUAAGAUCUUUUUUGUAUCAUAUUUCCAAAAUCGCCAACUUUCGAUUCUACGUAAAGGUGCCAAAGUAGAAAGUGCAAUGAUGAGAUAACGUUGAUAUUUCUUGCUUUACGAAAGAAAAUAUAAGCAUAAUCGAGCAAAUUAUUCUUUUCUAUCGCGCUUUGAGAUUUUCGAGCUUUAUCGUGUCACGAGGAUGCAAGUGUACACGUAAACAAUUACGAGAUAAGUAUGUACAAUUGUUAGUAUCUCUAUCAAUUCAGCAUAAAAUUACGCGUUGUAAAUCCUGCUCAUAAAAUACAACUAUCAAAUUGUGAUUGAAUUCCAUAACUAUAUCAUUUUUACCAUUUUAGCAUUGCGCUUCAGUUUAAAUAAAUUUUGCAUUCUUCUGAAUGGUA